AUGGCCUCCCACCACCCUGGGCUUACUCAGGGCGGCCCAACCCUGAUCCCGUCAGGAGUUCAGCCGGUCCCGGUGCAGACGUCUAUAACCCAGCGUGGAGCCCCAGAUCCCAUAGCAGGCAGCUCCAACAGCAUGCAGGAGAGUGCACCGGUCGAUUCUGGAACCGCAGCUGGUGCCCAGCCUACACCGAUGUCCCCCCUGAAACCAGCCUCAUCGAAGGAUACGCCAUCACCAAAUCCAGUGGCAUCCACCAAGCCUAACGACCACCCGGAUUUAAACUUAUCAGGAAGGAUAAUAAGUGCAGCACUCUGUAUUCCUUAUAAACUACAAUUACAGCACGAGGGAGAAUGGGAACUCAAACCCCGUUCAGGAACUGCCGCACUAUUCGACUCGUUUGCGAUCCUAGCAUCCGCUGAGUCGCACUGGUCUCAUACUCUUGUUGGUUGGACUGGUGAGGUAGAACAGCAACCACCAGCGGACUCCCUGUCACAGCACCUUCUAAAGGAUGGGACUGCCUCCUCGGCUAACAAGGCGUGGGGUCCGAUCCCCGUCAACUCAUCUCAAAAGAUACAGCAGCCGCCCAUGGAAGGCAUCUGUGUGACCGCCGAUGACCGUGCUCGUCUCGAAAGUCAGGUCUCUUCGAGCAAAUUCGGUCACAUACUACCUGUCUGGUUGAGCGAUAAACUCGAAUCCCCAGAUCAGGAAAUACAUCUAAAAGAUCAGAGUCGCUGGCGCCGUUAUGCAGAACGAGAAAUAUACCCACUGUUUCAUUAUAAACAGCACGGCCCAACAGACGGACGCUCAGAGCGACGAUGGUGGCAGGACUAUCAGCGCCUCAACAGUCUAUUUGCGGAUCGAAUUCUAGAAACCUACAAACCCGGAGACAUCGUUUGGAUCCAUGAUUAUCAUUUACUAUUGCUUCCAAAUAUCCUCCGCCAAAGGGUUCCAAAUAUCUAUAUCGGCUUCUUUCUCCAUGUUCCCUUCCCGAGCAGCGAAUUCCUACGCUGUCUUUCCAAAAGAAGGGACAUUCUCACUGGUGUCCUUGGCGCGAACAUGGUCGGGUUCCAAUCGGUCACCUAUUCUCGCCAUUUUACCUCCUGUUGCACGCGCAUCCUAGGUUUUAGUUCAACAAAUGAUGGCAUCGAUGCUUACGGGGCCCAUGUGGCAGUUGACGUUUUCCCCAUCGGCAUCGACGUCCAGGCAGUUCGAAAAUUAGCAUACGGAGACCCAAACAUCGAAAACACUAUUGCCAAUAUCAAGAAAAUAUAUCCCAACAAGCAGAUAAUCGUUGGCCGAGAUCGAUUAGACUCCGUUCGAGGAGUGACACAGAAGUUAAUGGCAUUUGAGAUGUUUUUGGAACGCUAUCCACAGUGGCGUGGAGAGGUGGUUCUUAUUCAAGUUACCAGCCCAACAAGCAUGGAAGAAGAGAAGGUGGAACCUGAUAAUAAACUAUCCAGUCAGGUAUCUCAGCUGGUCUCAUCCAUAAAUGGGCGCUUCGGCUCGAUCAGCUUCUCUCCCGUUCAGUACUACCCUCAGUACCUCCCAAGACAUGAAUACUUCGCCCUCCUCCGAGCUGCGGAUGUAGGUCUAAUCACCAGUGUACGUGAUGGCAUGAAUACUACCAGUCUCGAAUAUGUAGUCUGUCAACAUGCCAACCAGGGCCCCCUGAUCCUCUCCGAAUUCUCUGGUACAGCAGGCAUCCUCGAGGACGCCAUUCAUAUCAACCCGUGGGAUCUCACGGGCGUCGCCACUGCUAUCAACGCAGCUCUCACCAUGACCCCUGUGGCCAAGGCAAAGCAACAAGCAGCCCUCUAUGAGCACGUCACCACUCACACAGUUGUACAGUGGUACGAUGAAUACCUCAAACGCCUCCUCGCAAACCUCUCUUCUUUUAACCAGUCCAUGACCACGCCUGCGUUGGAUAAACACAAACUUCUUUCUCAAUACCGCUCUGCACGUCGCCGGCUGUUCAUGUUUGACUAUGACGGCACCCUAACGCCUAUUGUUAAAGAUCCACAGGCGGCCAUCCCUUCAGACCGCGUUCUACGAACUCUCAAAUCCCUCGCCGCCGACCCAAGAAAUGCCGUCUGGAUCAUUUCUGGCCGCGACCAAAAUUUCUUGGAGGAAUGGAUGGGCCACAUUACCGAGCUUGGCCUCAGUGCAGAACAUGGAUGCUUCAUUCGCAAGCCUCGAAGCGAGGAAUGGGCCAACCUGGCCGAAAAAUCAGACAUGAGCUGGCAGGACGAGGUACUUGAUAUAUUCCAGUACUACACGGAGCGCACACCUGGUGCCUUUAUUGAGCGGAAGCGUGUGGCAUUGACAUGGCAUUAUCGCCCCGUCGACCCGGAGUAUGGGGCGCACCAGGCAAAGGAGUGUAGGGCCGAAUUGGAACGCGUAGUAGCGACUAAAUGGCCUGUGGAAAUCAUGGAAGGCAAGGCGAACUUGGAAGUCCGGCCAGCCUUUGUUAAUAAAGGAGCGAUCGCUACAAGACUAGUUGAUGAGUAUGCGGGUGUUCACGGGCACGAGCCUGAAUUCGUGCUCUGUCUUGGAGAUGAUUUUACUGAUGAAGAUAUGUUCCGCGCUCUAAAAUCAUCCGACCUACCUCUUGAUCACGUUUUCUCUGUUACAAUUGGUGCCAGCUCGAAACAGACCCAGGCUAGCUGGCAUCUUCUCGAGCCUGCAGAUGUCAUUUCGACCGUUGCUCUGCUAAAUAACAGCAAAGCCUCUGUUCUCAAUGACACCCAAACCUCUUAA